AUGGAAGACAACACCGUUGAAGGGAUCAACAAAGAGUUGAUCAGAGAAAACCAAGUUCAGGAGAGAAUGAUUGAGAAGUUGAAAGAGAACAUUCGGAUUCUGGAAGACAUCGAGGAGCAAAAAACUAAGAGCAUGGAUCUGGCCAUCACGUUUUAUGCUCUGAGCCUUGGAGCUCUCACCAAUAUUAUGAAAAGAGACGAGGAAAUCCGUGAGCUCAACCAGAAGAUGGCGGCAAUUCAAGAGAUUCUUGACAAGAAACCCGUCGCAGGGACCAUGGAGAAAGUCGGAAAACUCGAUUGA